AUGUCAGAUCAGAGUUAUCGGAAGCCAUUAUUCCUGGCCAUAGCUGGGGCCGUUGCCCUCACCGCCGCCUACUACACCUACACGCAAUAUGCGAAGCCUCCCCGAACAGAGCAAUCCUCUCUCCAUCGCAGCAAUGCCAUACGUAGGCCGAGAAACAGAAGGCGUUGGCGUCGCGGCUUCGAGCUAUCAAGUAUCGAUUACGAUCCAGUCGAGCGAGCAAUCCACAAUCUCGAACAACGGAAUGCAUCCAGACGAGGAUAUGGAGAAUAUGAGAACAGAUGGUUCCUUCCUACACAAGCGCACACACAAGCUGUGGACCUGACGCUGAUCCCGUCCAACUUGAGAUCUAUCAACGACUACCUCCUGCAACAUUCUCCCGCGCAGCUGUCUCCCCACCAACAAGAAUAUCUCCUCCUUCAUCUCCACGGCGUCUUUGUGCAGAACUUUCUGAGGGAGGAAUGCCCAGAAGGUUAUAUCAUUGGGGACGAUGCUUGGGUGCUGGCACAAGCCAUGGAGCGCCUUGGAGUGGCUCCAGAUAUUGUUUUCCAGGUGGCCAAAGCAUUUGACGAGGGGAGAUUUCCUCUCAAUGAUGAAUGGAGCCCACUUACUGCUCCUCGACCCAGUUCAAGAACUCGCUCUGUACAAACCGACGGUGUGACGGAACAAGGUGGCUUGGCGCCUCGCGAGGCACUACAGGCGCUGGCGGAUCCUGACGAUGCGCAUAGCGACAUCUCAUCUGGUAACAACGACGAGGAUCCGGAGGGAAGCCAAAACAUGCUCGACCUUCUUUACCAUAUCGCUGGCGAGCAGGCACGGCGGGAAGGCUAUAUCCACCGCGGUGUCGAGUGCAACAGCUGCGGCAUACAUCCCAUUCGAGGCAUCCGCUAUCAUUGUGCAAAUUGUUUCGACAUGGACCUCUGCGAAAGCUGCGAAGCUAGCUCUGCACAUGGAAAAGGUCAUGUCUUUUACAAGAUCCGCAUCCCGGCCCCUUCGAGAGGAAACAUUAAGCAAGUCACCCCGGAGUGGUACCCCGGUAAUCCGAGCGCGUUUCUCUCGUCCUUGCCGACGAACGUAUCCAAGCCAUUACUUGAAGAGACCAAAAUGGAGCGCACCGAGUUGGAUGCUCUCUACGAGCAAUUCAAAUGUCUGGCGGGUCACUACUUUCCUGCCGAUCCGACUGGUCUGGGAUGUGCAAUUGAUCGAAAGGGGUUUGAUGCUUAUUUCAUCCCUUCGACUGGAGACAAACCUUCUCCUGCAAAUUUGAUCUACGAUCGAAUCUUUGCCUUCUAUGACACAGAUCAAAACGGUCUCAUCACCUUUGACGAAUACAUACGCGGCCUUGCUCGUCUGCAGGACAAGAGCCGCUAUGCCCGACUUAAGCGUAUCUUCGAGGGUUACGAUCUGGACUCUGACGGUUAUGUGGACCGCAAAGACUUUCUUCGCAUGUUCCGGGCGUAUUACGCAUUAAGCAAAGAGCUGAGUCGGGAGAUGAUCGACUCGCAGGAAGAUUUCGGAUAUAACGAAGAAGAGAUUCGAGAGGUUGUUCAAGGAAGCCAGCCCAUCAGUGCUGCGUUCGGAGGCGGCACUCUCUACGGUCACGAAUCCAGAAAUGGGCAGGGUAAACAACUUCAGGCAAAUGGAGAUCUGCAUCUUACCAACGGCACAAAUGGCGUCCUGCAGCCGGACGGUGAUAUGAGCGGAGAUCGUGCUCGGGCUAUCGGAAACGCUGCACUUGGCGGUCGCACUAGGAACCAUCCUUUCAGGUCGUUUAGACAGGAGCCUCCAGAGGACGAACCUUUGAUGAUGCUCCCAAUGGGAAGCAAUUUCAUGCAGUCAGGCAUGGAGCAGGAUGAGCCAACUGAGGAGGACGUCACCGGCCCUGAUGCUCCGUUGCAGACAUAUGCUUGGCCUCCAGUGCGGACACCAGAGCCGCAGGAUAUCAACGAGGCGCUCGGACAAGAGGUGCCGUUGGACGACAUAACAGAUCCAGUUGAUAGAACCAGAGUCCUGUUUGCUCAGUCACAGCGGCUUGAUGCUGAAGGUGAUCAGGCGGAGGAAAUGUCGCGCGCCAGAGCCGUUGAAGAACGAUGGCGCCGCCGACAGUUCUAUCUCGAUCGCGAGGAAGGGCUGACUAGGCCAGCAGGCUACACUGAACCCGAUAGUUCGGAUGACGACGACAUAUCCCAAGAUAAGAAGAAUGGGCGUAGCGACGUCAGUCCUCGGAGAGCAUCCAUGGCAUCAAGAUCCUCGUCUAAGGUCCGCUUUGAUGAUAGCGCCAUCGAGGGAGACUACGAAACACGGUCAAAUGCUUCAUCUCGAAGCAUUCCUGCCAAUGAAAGAUGGGGCGGCUAUGAGCUUGGCCAGGCCGAAGCAGACAUCGGCAAAGACAUUCUCUACCAAGCCGUGCAACAAGGAUUCAACGAGUUGCUCGAUGUGCUAUUCAAAGACAAGGAAGACGAGCACAUGGAAGCACGUGAAACCCGAGUGGAUCGGCAUUGCUUUGGUUACGAAAGAGCAAAGUUCGAGAAACUGCUUGACGAACUGGGAAUGGAAGCGGAUGAAACGGAGGAAGACUUGGUCGAGAAGAUAAGACGCAGGAGGGAGAAAGAGAGGGAGCAGGAGCAGCUGGCCAUGACUGAUGCUGCACCAAUGACAAAUUCAGGCAACGAAAGCUCAGUUCCUCAAGACUCCGAAGAUCAUAUAGGAUUGAUGUUCGGCUCUGAAGCUCUGUCCGCUCAACAGGUGACCAUGAGUCCUGCCAUCGCAAUGACCGAAACAAAUGGGCCCUACCGUGAUCCAACGCUCCCACAGUUUCGACCUGACGAAACGGAACCACCAAGUUUGGCCGCUAGUGCGGCCCCAAUCCCACCAAGCCAAAUCCCACGGCCGGAUCCAUUUGCCGGCGACCCGGAGAAGGCGCUCAAGACGCAUUACCUUUGGCUCAGGCACGAUGAGAUUGACGAAGAAGAAGACCGUCGAGGCGGCCCUGGGAAGCUCAGCUUUGCCGAGUUCCAACGUAAGAUGGUGUCCAAAGAUGAGGUGACCAAGGCUCUGGGGGACAAGGACAAGAGCAAAUGCGGCGGUAAAGAUCGAGAGACAUGGGAGAGCAGUGCAGACUUGGGAAGACUGGCUUUUGUGGGCACCUGGUUGGAAAUGGCCAGUUUCUAG